GCCUUACGCAAGAAGCCAAAAGCUCCAAGCUUCAACCCCCAUCGCUUCAUCCAUUCAGAGGAACCAAGAUCAAAUAAGAGUCGUAUUUGCUCACGUAGAUCAUAUACGACUUAGCGCACGAAUCAAAGUCGUAUCUAUCUCAUAAUCAUUACUCUAGAAUCCUGCGAACCCACCGACACUACCGAAGACGGCCCCUCUGGCCACCAACAUACGCCCACAAUGCCUCUCGAAGCCGUGAUGAUCGUCGUGGACAACAGCGAAAGCAGCCGCAACGGAGACUACACACCAACCCGAUUUGACGCUCAAGCCGACGCAGUCAAUGUUCUCUUUCAGCACGUCACUAAUGGCAACCCGGAGUCCUCAGUCGGUCUGAUGAGCAUGGGUGGCAAGGAUCCCGAGGUUCUGGUCACAUUGACGUCGGACCAGGGCAAGAUCCUGGAGGGCCUUCACCGGACCAAGAAGAAGGUGUCCGGAUCAUCUCAUCUCGCAACAGCCAUUCAGGUCGCAAGCCUCGCCCUCAAGCACCGACAAAACACCACGCAGCGCACUCGCAUAGUGGCAUUUGUCUGCUCGCCCGUAUCGGACGAGCAAAAGGCGCUGGUGCAGCUGGCGGGCAAGCUCAAGAAGAACAACGUGACGGUUGACUUUGUGCUCUUUGGCGACCUGGACGACGACACGUCCAAGAAGCUUGAGGCCUUCAACGCCAAGGUCAAGAACAACGAGGGCAACAGCCACCUGGUCGUCAUCCCGCCCUCGGGCAACCUGCUGUCAGACCAGCUGAUUGCGACGCCCAUCUUUGGCGAGGGUGCUGGUUCGUCGGCGGCCGCCGGCGGUGGCGGCGGCGGCGGCGACUUUGGUGAUCUCGAGUUUGACCCGGCGACCGACCCAGAGCUUGCUCUUGCUUUGCGGAUGAGUCUGGAGGAGGAGAAUGCGAGAAAGGAGAAGGAGGCCAAAAAGGAGGCCGAGCAGGCGAAGAAGCAGGGUCUGGAGAGCGUCGAGGAGCAGGACGAGUCGGCGCCGUUGCUGGAUAAGAGCGGGGGACCGAGUGGGAGCGGGAGCAAAGACAAGAAGAGCGAUGGCGGGGACAAGAUGGACACUUCAUAGUAGACAAGCGUUUUCGAUGGAGUCGAUAUGGGACGAGGAACAAUGCAACCAGACGUGGCGUUUUUAUUGUUAUAGACUUUAGAUGCUGGUUCUGGCUGCAAGAAUCAAAUAUGGAUGUUCUCCAUUCCCGGGACAUCCCCAUAAACAAAUACACUUUCAUGAUCAGCAGACAA